GAACGAGAUCGGAAAGAAAAGUUCAGAUAGCCUCACCCACUUCAGGAUAACUACAAACAACUACAAUUCCAACCAUGUCGCUCCCCGAAUUCAAGCAAAACUUCCUUAAAGACUGCGUCUCAGCCGGCGCUCUAAAAUUCGGCACCUUCACUCUCAAGUCCAAGCGCAUAUCGCCCUACUUCUUCAAUGCUGGCCUCUUCCACCGCGCCGACCUCCUGCGCUCCAUCUCCUCAGCAUACGCACACACACUGAAGAACCACGGUGACUCCGAGCCUUCGUUCCAAUGGGACAUUCUCUUCGGCCCAGCCUAUAAGGGUAUUCCCCUCGCAGCAGCAUCAGUCGACAAGCUCGCAGAUCUGGACAUGGCCAAGUACGGACAGAAGAGCUACAGUUUCAACCGCAAAGAAGCCAAGGAUCAUGGUGAAGGAGGCAAUAUCGUCGGUGCGAGUCUGAAGGGGAAGAAGAUUGUUAUUGUGGAUGAUGUCAUUACGGCUGGUACGGCGAUUAGAGAGGCUAUCGAUAUUAUCAAGAGGGAGGGUGGUGAGCUUGUGGGCAUCAUCGUCGCUUUUGAUAGGCGGGAGAAGAUGCCGACAGCGACUGAUGACGAUGGAAAGCCCGGCCCCAGUGCGAUUGGCGAGGUUAGGAAACAGUAUGGGAUUCCUGUGCUGGCUAUCUUGACGCUGGAUGAUGUUGUGGAGUAUCUGAGGAGUUUGGGUGGAGAGGAGGAUCUCAAGAGAUUGGAUGAGUAUCGGGAGAAGUACAAGGCGAGUGAUUAGGCAUAUCUGGAGGGAUGUUUACGAAAUUAUGAUUAUGGGACUAUUGAUGAUGGGAACGGGCGGGUGCUAGAAUACCCCGCGUGCGUUGCGGUCAAUGCUGCAAGCAUUUCAAGUUCACAUGUUCUUUCUGACUGCUUGAGACUGUGAGGCGAUUCUUACGACAGAGUACUGCUGUGUCAUUGGGGUAGCAUGCUAGAUC